UAACAGAUAUAACUGAUACACUUUUAUUUCAACAAUUUCUGAAGAAAGUUGUUCCAGUUCUAUAUCUAUAGAAAAUAUUGAACAAAAAAGACAACAAAUAACUAAAACGAAGUCUUAGGCUUGUACCUUGCAUUUAAUAUUGUUUUUGUUUAAAUCCGAAGCACACUUUUAUAGAAAACUUUCUCUUAUAGUGUUUUAAAUAAUCAUCUAUCGUCACAACAGUGGCAAAGUUAGGUAAACAAUAAUUUGUAUACACGAUAGAAAAAAAUAUUUUACUCUGACGUAGGACUAAACAUCGGUUUUUACUCAUACAUUUAUUAAUUUUGAUGUUCACAGGUGAAAAUUGAUUUUUUCAAGAAUAAACACGUUGUUGCAUGGAUGACCUUGAACGGCAGACAUACAGAUAAGAUGAACUGGUUUAGUAAAGCAAAGCUAGCGGACAGUAGUUUUAAUGACUUUGAAUCAUGCAAUACAUUUAACUUCUUUUCCAUUACUGGGUAAAAGAGGGACGAAAGAUACCAGAGGGACAGUUAAACUCAUAGAUCGAAAACAAACUGAUAACGCCAUGGCCAAAAAUAAAAAGACAAACAGACACCCGUCGUGUUGUGGUAACUUAUGCACUAAUAGUUUAUUUUUUAAUGACUAAAACUUAUUUUGUAUAUAGUAUAAAAACAGGAGUAAAUUGAAAAUAAAGUAAAUUACACAUAAUACAAUUAUGAAUAAUAAAUGACUGUUGAAGAUAACAAAACAAGUAGUUGAACCGACGUGUGGUCUCAGAUUAGUUUAAAGGAGAACGGAGCAAAAAGAUUAUAAUUAAAGUAUUAAUGAGAAUUAAAGGUAUAUUGUUAACAUGAUCAAAAGCGAAAAAUGAGCGGGUUACAUUACACAUGCAAUCGACAAACAACUUUUUUGUCAAGACAGUAGUUAUAUUCUCAUUUCGAAGUUUAAAAAUGAGGUAUAUUUCUGAGUGGUACAAUUUCUAAAUGGACAAAGAAAUGUUUGGAAAAUUUACACAGGAACGUUGCUUUGGGUUUUAUAUUUGAAACGAUAAUUCUUCCUUGCUCUGCAUUUAUUUCUUAAACUUCAAACUCGAAAUACCCAUCAUUAACUGUAUAUCAUGUUUUUGGAAAGUUUUUUUUAUGUAAAAAUCAUACUAUAUAUUAUACCAUAUCAUAUAUCUUAUUGUACAUCAUAUCAACUUUGAUUGUCUGAAAAUUAAUAUCAUAUGAGGCAUACAUUCAUUCCUAAUGUGGUACUGCUAAUAUCUAGUUAUUUCUUCAGAAAUUCACGGCGCAAGUUUUAUGUAAAUAAAAGUUAUUACGGAUGUCCAAUAGAUGAUGGAUGGUUCGUUGGUAUUGACCGAACCCCUUAUUGUACAUGGGAAAAGCAAGGAGCAAAUCCACUUUUUCUGUACACCAAAACUUCACACCUAGAAACUGGACAAAUGCUGAUUCUCACAGUAUUGAUCGUCGUUUCCCUUCCACAAUGUAUAUGUGUAGUAUUCCAACCCCCUCAGCAACCCGUACAGGUUGUGAUAGUGGAAGAUCCAGGAGAAGACCAGAAAGAUUUUUUUGUAAAAGAAGACAGAUUUGCCGCCAGAGGAACUGAUACAGGAAUCGGUUUAGGAGAAAGUUUUCCAUUCCUUUCUAUGCUUUUUUUAAUAAUGAUAACAAUGGUACCUAUGAUGGAUAUGGUAACAAUGGUACCUAUGAUUGAUAUGGUAACAAAUGAAAUGAUGGGAACGAUGGCUACUAGUACAACGACCUCUACUACAACACAAGCCCAACCAGCAGCUACACCAUGUGUUACACCAAAUUGUCCUCAUGGGUACAGGUUGCUAGAUGACCAAACUGCUAGUACUAAUUGUUACCUGUAUGGUGGGGGCAAUAACUUGCAAUCCUGGGAUGAUGCUAUGAGGACUUGUGCCAUGACCCCGGGAGCCUUCCUGUGGAAUCCAAACACUGAAGUAGAAGCUAAUGCCGUGAUAAAUAAAUUGUCUAUUCCAUUCCAAGAAUGUAUGUGGACUGGUGGCAGAAAAGCCAACGAUGGAACGUUUGUAUUUGAUAUAGACAAAAGUGGAUUUCCAUUAGAUAUGAUGACGAAUCGUCAACCAUUUGGCAUGAUAGCGAUUAUGUCUGACGAAAAUGAUAGCUGCUUAGGAAUACUAGGACUUGACGUUGAACCUAGAAUAUGGCUAUGGGGAGACAACUUUUGUUCUUUUGCCGCCCUAUACGUUUGCGAAUUUCCAAGAACUAUUUGUCCAUAG